UCGACCAAUCCUCUUGUAAUAUUUUGCAAGUGUAGUAGGAUUUUAUUUUAUCACGUCUAUCAGCUGAUUAAUAGUGUAUCUUUUUAGUGAUUUACGACUGGCAAACUGUAGAAAAGCAUAAAGUUAGUAGAAAGAACGUAUAACAAAGUGAUCACCUGUAUAACCUAUAAGGAAUUACAAUGCGUUUAGUAAUUUGUGAUACAGUAGACUAUGUCUCUGAAUGGUCUGCAAGAUAUGUUUUAAAAAGAAUUAAAGAUUUUGAACCAAAUGAAAACAAAUAUUUUGUUCUUGGUCUUCCUACAGGUGGUACUCCUCUGGGAAUGUAUAAGAAAUUAAUAGAAUAUUAUAAAGCUGGAAAAAUUUCUUUUAAAUAUGUCAAGACAUUUAAUAUGGAUGAAUAUGUUGAUUUACCAAGAGAUCAUCCAGAAUCAUAUCAUUAUUAUAUGUAUAAUAAUUUUUUUAAACAUAUAGAUAUUAAUCCUCAAAAUGUUCAUAUUCUUGAUGGAAAUGCACCCGAUCUUGUAAAAGAAUGCGAUGAUUUCGAAAAAAAAAUUAAGGAAGCUGGUGGAAUUGAACUUUUUAUUGGAGGUAUUGGACCAGACGGCCAUAUAGCCUUUAAUGAACCAGGUUCUUCAUUAGCAUCUCGUACUAGAGUUAAAACUUUAGCGCAAGAUACAUUGGAAGCAAAUGCUAGAUUUUUUGGAAAUGAUAUUUCCAAAGUUCCUAAACAAGCCUUAACUGUUGGCGUUGGCACUGUCAUGGAUUCAAAAGAAGUAAUGAUACUCAUUACUGGAUCUCAUAAAGCAUUUGCUCUGUAUAAAGCAAUAGAGGAAGGAGUUAAUCAUAUGUGGACAGUGUCAGCAUUUCAACAACAUCCACGUACAUUAAUUAUAUGCGAUGAAGAUGCAACUUUGGAAUUGCGUGUAAAAACAGUAAAAUACUUUAAGGGUCUCAGUGCUGUACAUCGUAAAUUGAUCGAAGAAGAUGGACAUACCAUACCACGUCGUUCAAUAAGUGACAGUUAAAACGAAUUUAUGGGAUAUCCAUAGCAAGUUGAUAGAAGAAUCAAACCAUGGAUUACGUUGAUCCAAUAACCGAUACCUGUGUAAUG